AUGCAUGAUCGGCCAACAUCAGAAAAAUUUUUAAAAUAUGCUUUUAAUCUCUUACCACGGUUAAAUAGUCUUAAUGUUAAAAAAAUUCUUGCAUUAGAAGUUAUUUCAUAUUGCGCUGAAAGCGAUCCUGAUUUACUUACAAAUUUGGGAAAAAAUCAACUUCUUACAUUACUUAAACACAGGAGCGAUAAUGAACAAUUAGUAGCAUUAAGAAUUUUGAAUGGUGUACUACUUCAGGGAGAUGAAACUUUAGUAGAUUAUUUCUUAGAUCCAUUACUCGAAAGUUUUAAAGAUCAUCCUAAUAUUAAUUGUCGAGAAUCAUUUUUUGCCAUAUUAAUUCAGUUAUAUAAGAAAACAUCAAUAGACAGUAAAGUCAAACAAAAAUUGAAAAUCGGUUUGUUAAGAGGGUUAGCAGAUUUAGAUGAAAACAUACAACAAACAUUGACAGAAUUUUGGAAGGAACAACAAGAACUUUCUCAUGAUACGUUUACUUCAUUAAAAGAACUUGUUGGGAGUUUAUAUUGCUCCGAGAUUGAGACGCUCUUUUUACAAUAUUCAUGCUUUUUAUUACUCGAAGGACCAAAAAAGAGCAUAGAUUAUAAGAAACCUAUAUUUGAUCAGUCUUUACCUCAAUCUAAAUUCGAUGACAAUUUUGACAAUAUAGACACCUCAUGGCGAGUGAAUAAUACUAUGACACCUCUCUUCGUUAAUACACAAAAAAAUAAUCAAAAGGCUUAUAAACGAAACUUUAAAGAUGGAUUCGUUCGAGCGACAAAUAAAAAUAAUGCAUUCAGUUUGACAAUUGAUCCAAUGAAUUAUGAUAUUGGAUCUCAAUUAUCAACUUGGACAUUGACACAAUCUAAUUUGUUGUUUGCUCCCGCGAAUACUCCCGUAUUGGGCAAAAGAAAACAGGCUGUUUACGGUGACUCAGAUAAUGCGUCGAAACCAGAAACUGUUUCCAAACAAGUUUCAAUGUUGCGUCAAUACCGAAUUGGCGAGCUUCCUGAUAUUGAAAUUAAACAUAGCGAUAUUAUUGGUCCAUUACAAGCAUUGGCGCAUAGGGACUUGGAUAUUUCUCGGAUUUUAUUUUCAACAUUGUUUGUUUCCAUUUAUACAACCACUGAAGAUGAUACGAUCAUGGAUGUUAAUGCGCAAAAUGAAUAUACAAAUUCAAUGUCUCAACAUAUUAAGACCAUUUUCAACACAACGACUUCAUAUUUUCCACCUUUGAUUAGUAGUUGUCUAAGAAUAUGCUAUGAAAUUCCUGAUCUCAAGAUUAACCCUUCAGCUAUCCGAAAAGCUAGUGAAAUUAGUUCAACAGAGUCAAUGGGUAUAACGUUAAUUGAACAAUAUUUGACACUGCUUCCUCCACAAAGAGAUGCUCUUAAUGCUGAGUUAAUAGGAGAUUAUGCUUCAGCGUGUGAAUUCUAUUUGCAAGCAUUAAGUGAAGUAGAAGAUGCAGAUGAUGCCGAGGUCACAGUUUGGGAGGAAGGCAGAUUUGAAUGUUUUGAAAAAUUAUCAAAAUGGGACGACUUGGCAGAAACCGUGUGUGUAGAUAUUGAUUCAGAUUUGGAAAAGCUUUGGGAUCAGGACUUUCAGUAUCCAUAUCUUCAAUAUUUCAUGCAUAGUUUUUUCAAAUUAGUACAUGGCCAAACCGAAGAAAAUCAUCGUAACAUGUUUUUUAGUUUCAUUGAUCGCGCUUUGUCUGAUCCGGAGCGCAAAUCUUUCUUAACUUCUCAAUAUCCGAUUGAGCUCGCAUUAACAUCAAUAGCACGUAAUGAAACCGAACAGGCACUUCUUUAUAUCAGAAAAGCAUAUGAUAAUUUCUUGUUUACUUGGUCUACAUUGCAUCCGCUGGCAUCUAGCACGAGAUUGAGUAAAUUGAGUUCUUUACAGCAGAUUGUUGAAAUGGAAGAAUAUUUGAAUUUUUCUCAAUCAUCUGAAAAAUCCGAAAAAUCCGAAAAGUGGGAAAAACUUAUUAAUCAUUGGAAAAAUAGAUAUCCUUCAAAACGGCUUGAUUCUACCAAUAGUUGGGAUGAUAUUAUAACAAGUCGUCACUCGCUUCUUGGUGCUAUGACAAAAUUGCUACAAGAAGAUAUGCACUUCGUUGAAAUCAAAAGCUCGUUGGAACGUGAUGGUUUACUUAAAAUGGCUUCGGCGGCGAGAGUUCAAGGCAAUUUUGAAGUUGCGCGUGUUUGUCUCAAUAAAACGAGGCAAUCAAAACUUCAUGACAUUAAUGAAUUGGGUUAUCAUCAGUUGAAACUUAAUCUUCAGGAAGCUUUGACAACUGCAAACGCUGAAAAAAAAUUAAAUAUCUUGCUGGCAAUGACGGAUGAAUUUAAAAAAAUUCAGAUUAGCGACAUGGAAACUAAAAUAAAAAAUCGCGUAACAGAAAGUGAAACAUAUGCUACAUUGGCAGCUGUACUUGAUGAUGAUGAAACUCGUGAUUUAUCGCGUUCUCUUCAACUUCGUAAAUCACGCUUUAUCGUUGAAGGUUAUGAUCUUUUAAAAGAUACAGCAGAUCAAGCUGCUUUACACCUCAAGCCCUUGAACAGAGCCAAAAUUUUUGUUAAAUUUGCAAAAUUCUGUGAUUAUUACUUACGAAAUUUAGAAUCGACUGAUGGAGAUCAAAAAGAGGUUUCUUUUGAUAGUGAAUUGUACGCAUCUACAGUUGUUCAAUAUGUUUUAAAAGCAAUGGCAGAGUGUUCAAAGGAGGCAUCAGAAUUAUUUCCAAGAUUACUUCAGAUAAUUAGCAUUUAUGAUAAUACACAGUCGACUUUUAAACAAACGGUAUCGUCAUUUGGCCCUACGUGGAAAUUUAUUCGCUGGAUUCCUCAAAUCGUCGCCAUUUUAGACAAGCCUAUUGCUCAAUGCGUUUUUCCAAUCUUGUACAAUCUGGCAGAGCAAUACCCCAAAAGCCUAUAUUACCCAUUGAAAAUUAGUAGUGAACAUUAUAAUUUUGAUGAAAAAUCUAAAGAAUCGGAAAUUAACAAGUCAAGAGUUCAAAUUCUCAAACAAAAGAUAAAGUGUGACAUGACUGAUACUUUAAUUGCGGAAUUACAAAGGCUCACUGAUUCAGAAAUUCAUUUUGGCAAUUGGGUCCAGUCAAUUUGGCGUCAUGCGGAUAAUUUGAUAAAAUUUUGUGGAAUUGAUGGAUCUGAAUUAGCAAAAUUCGUUCAACCUGAAUUUAGAAAAACGAUUUGGGAAUAUUACGUGAAAAAUAUAAAGCGUGGUGAAAAGAAACCAUCAUCUGCUACAAAUUUACUUAAAUCGUAUUCUAAGUGGCUUGCAGAUUUUUCUUCAUCAAAUUGCGAUGAAAUGAUUGAAAUACCAGGUCAAUAUGAUGGAUUAGGCAUUCCGGAUCCUAGCCGACAUAUAAAUAUCGCCUAUUUUGAUCCUAAGAUUUUGGUUUUAAGAUCUUUAAGGAAGCCUAAAAGGAUUGUUAUAAUUGGAACAGAUGGUAAAGAAUACCCUUUUCUAGUGAAAGGAGGAGAAGAUUUACGAUUAGAUCAAAGAGUUCAACAAUUAUUCACAGUUAUGAAUGAGUUAAUGCGCAAAGAUUAUUUUUGUUCUCAGCGUAAAAUUGAAUUGAUUACAUAUAAGGUUGUUCCUAUUACCGGUAGCUUAGGGAUAAUUGAGUGGAUAAAUGACACUAGGCCAUUACGAUCAUUUAUUGAGAAUGAACUUUCCGAUCCUUCCGAAAUUGAUAAUACUCAAUUCGAGCAUGACAAUUGGGCUCCCAGAGAUGAUAUUAUUAAACACCUAAGGACUUUACAUAGCAUGCUUAAUAGAAACCUAUUAAAAACAGCAUUAUAUAAACUUGCUGCAUCUCCUGAAGUUCAUUUAGCAAUUCGUAAUGAAUUCGUUAAAAAUCUAGCUGCAAUAAAUAUUUGUGGUUAUUUAAUUGGAAUUGGUGACCGUCACUUGGAAAAUUAUUUAAUUGAUCUUACCAAAGGGUCAUUAAUUUCCAUUGAUUUUGGUCACGCAUUUGGCUCUGCGACUGAAACACUUGAAGUUCCAGAGUUGGUACCAUUCCGACUUACCAAACAAUUUGAAAGUGUAAUGGAACCGCUCGGUUCACGGGGCCUUUUGGAGUAUCCAAUGACAAAAAUAAUGCAAACUAUGCAAGCACACAAAGAUAUAUUACUUAAUGCAAUGGAAAUCUUUGUUAAAGAGCCAUUAUUGGAUUGGCAAACUAGAGCAAGGAAUCAAGCACGACAACAAAAGAAUGAAGGAAGUGGUGAAAUCGAUGAAAUUUCUCAAACUGCAGAAUGGUAUCCACGUCAAAAAUUAGACAUUGCUAGGCGCAAACUCGAGGGUGAAAACCCUGCUUAUCUUGUUUGUGAAGAGUUGGCGUUUGGACAUUCAAAAAAAUCAUUCAUUGAAAGCAUUCAGGCAAUUGCUAGAGGUAAUCGGGAACAUAACAUUCGAGCUUACGUACCCCAAAAGUGUGAUAGUAUCAAAGAACAAGUUGAAUGUUUAAUUGAUUUGGCAACUGAUCCUGUUGUUCUUGGUAUUAUGUGGAUUGGAUGGAUGGGUUGGCUUUAA